GGCGGACGAGAUGAACGGGGAUGAAUCGGAUGAGAAUACCCCUGAGACUCCUCCAGAGGCUCUCGACCCUAGCUCUGACCCUGAACAGCCCCCGCCAUUGACACGAUUCCAAGAACUGGCCCUGAGUCGAGCCAUGGCUACCAACACUACUCCGAACAUUGUCCAGGCUGAUCACAUGAAUGCGGGAGCCUCUGGGGCUGAUGCACAACGUUUCCCCUUCAGCUCUGGCCUUGGCCCGUCCAAACCAUCCCCAGCUCCAACUGUGGCUGAAGUUCGACAAUUAGCCCACGAUCUAGCCAAGUCAAUCUUUUCCGACUUCGCCCAACUAAAGGAGGUUGUUGAAAACUAUGAAGACAAGUUGCGGAAGCGUUGGGAAAGUAAAACAAGGGGUCACAAGGCACUCAUCUUACUCGAAGCUUGGCCGAACAUGGCAUUCUCUCAUCGACCAGACUUUGAAGCUUUCCUCCAAAAUAAUUCUGGGAAGUAUGUUCAAGGAAAGACACAGUUCAAGGAUGCUUAUAUGUGGCCGCAAAUCAACCUCGAAGAUCUGACGUACGGAAGAACCCUGCUGCUUUACAUUGAUUCUCGAGGACGUCAUGCACCGCAAACAUUUGUUUAUGCAGAUUGGGCGUCUUGCUUUCUUGGACGUCGCACCAAUUCAAUUCCUCCUGGCCCACUGCUAAAAUCCCACACCAUGUUCCUCGAUGGGCGGACAGCGAUCCGGUAUGGGAGACUUGUUGCGUGGGAUGAGGAUGCCGAAGCUCACAACCAACUGAUUUCCGGAAGCGGGUUUCUCACUGUAAAAGGCCUGAUGAUCUUGGAGAUACAACAGCGGAUCAUGAAAUUUCUGGUGAAGUGUUGUCAAAUCAUCCUCAGUGAUCUGACUACAUCAUUUGUCCAUCCUGCACCGACCCGUCCUUUCACUAGUGCCCCGAAGACAAAACUGAAUGUCAUUGCUGCUGAAGCUCCAUAUCGCAUUCCGACUAACUCUGAUUUUGGCCGACUUGAAAAGGUGUUCCUCGCCAGGCGUGCUGCCGCUGAGGACCAUAUUUGUGCCCUGAGAACGCACCCAGGCUACUUCGCCAACGCAUUGGUACAGAGAAGACAGCAUCGAUUCGAGUUGUUGCUGGAUGAAUCCGGGGGUCGUCACCCACAUCUAGACUCGCCAUCCUUUUGGGAUUGUAUAAUUAGCGAGUUGAUACAGUUUUCAUACGCAGACCUUUUCAUAUGGGACCUAGCCUGGAUACAGCUCAGAAACGUCUUACACCUCAACAGAGAGUACUCCGAAGUCAUCUCCCCCAAAAAGAAGUUACCAGAUGAGUACAUGGAAGCAAUAUUGACCCUAAGGUAUACGCUUAAAACAGCAGAAGAGCAACUGAUCAGCGAACUAGCGCGACAAGUUCCGUAUUCCCCAGCUUAUCGGUCUAUGCAUUCCAGGCUAGAUUCAGAUCCCCUUGCACGAUUCAAGCCGGACAUGGAUGCCAUAAAGAAAGACGUUGUAAUGGGCUUCUUUGAGAUAAUUUACGACCGAACUAAGGCACGCUUCUUCAACCUGUUAGAUGUGAUGGAUGAGCUCGAGAGAGCGGUCGAGGCUGAGCCAAAACACAAGGAAAUGAUAUCGCCGUAUCUAGGAGGAAUGAUUGGCGACUUAGGGAUUGUAGCCAGGGCUUUGCAUGAACUGGAUAUCUAUCAGCCUUGGGCAAGUGGGAUUGAGUUCAUUGGAAAGAAGAAAAUUGGGGAAAUCGACAAAAUUGCCCACAUCUUCGUUUCUUCGAAAGGCCACCUCUUUCAGGGGGUACCCGAUAUAACUCUUGCUAGUGUGGGAAUUCCAUUUGAUGGAAAAUUCUUUUACCCAUCAGAUGAGCCUCGAACAAAGCUUACUACAGAGAGAAUGCAAUUGUCAGAGCAGAAUUUGGAGACGUUCUGGGAGACUUUUCGUCAACAAUUCCUGCAGAAAAAUAAAAUAUGCUUCUUUCAAGAGUUUGAAUAUCUCUUCUUGAAGAAACCAAUUGCAGAGCAGGAAGAGGACCCCCUGGAGACCGUGAAAGUCAACAGUCGGGCUCUGAAAACUUUCAAGAAGUUGUUCUAUGCCGCAUCACAAUCAGACCCAGUUGGAGAUACACCUUGGAAAGAUUUCGUCUACGCUAUGAGUGCCAUGGGCUACGAGGCGGAGAAGUUACAUGGGGGUCUAUGGCAGUUCAAUCAUACUGUCCCCAAUACCUGGCCUAGUAUCCACUUCUAUCAACCACAUGACAAGAUCCCGUUACGAGAUAUGAUGGUUUGGGGUUGGCGGUUGAACAGAGAGUAUGGAUGGAAUGGAGCGAUGUUCACUUUGGACGUGGAUUUAAAGAUGAAGGACUUGAAGAUAAGCUCGUGAAGGAGACGGAUUCCAGGGUUGUCGAGGCUUUGCAUCAUUCAGGAGCCCACCUUACCUAUAGUACAAGCGUAUAGCAUAAACAGCGAAGCAAGUUGCAGUUUUCAAC